AUGAUGAACUGGAACAAGAGCAUAGAUUGUUGUACAUGGAAUGGAGUCACUUGUAGCCAAUACACGGGUGAUGUGAUCGCUCUUGACCUUCCCUGUGCCAUGCUACGAGGUACCAUCCACCCCAAUUCCACUCUCUUCACCCUUCCUCACCUCCAAUCACUUAACCUUGCCUUCAAUAAUCUUACUGAUUCCCAACUUCCACAUGAAAUUGGCAUGCUCUCCAAUACUCUUAUCCAUCUCAACAUCUCUUAUUGUGGAUUGACAGGUCAAAUUCCUUCAGAAAUCUCACUUCUUCCUAAAUUGGUUUCUUUGGAUCUCUCUUUGAAUGUUGAUUUGAAGCUUGAACCUCAUGUUUUCUACAAUCUCCUCCACAACUCUACUUCUUUGGAAGAGCUUUUUCUUGACUAUGUUAAUAUCUCUUCAAUUUUACCCACGUAUCUUAAUAUCUCUUCUUCUAUGAAAUCACUCCAUCUUUGGUCCACCCGUUUGCAAGGAAAAUUACCUGAUAACAUCUUCAAUCUUCCGUAUUUGGAAGAACUUGACUUGGGAUAUAACACUAAUAUCACCGGUCAACUUCCCAAUGGUUACACAAACACUAACAUCCCUCUAAAGUCGUUAGAUCUCUCAGACACCAACUUAUCAGGACAGAUACCCGACUCAAUCGGCCAUCUCAAGUCUUUGAAUACUUUAAUACUUAUUCGUUGUAGUUUGAUGGGUCCCCUUGCCAAAUCCCUAGCUAAUCUUAGGCACCUUACUACUCUAUAUUUAUCAUAUAACAAGCUUAAUGGAACGUUGCCUUCUUGGUUGUUUACUCUUCCCUCACUAAAAACUAUCUUUCUCUCCAACAACAUGUUCGGUGGGAGCUUACCAACAGAAUUGUUCAAUCAUCAAUCAUUAAAGAUAUUAUCCCUUGGUGGAAAUCAAUUUGUUGGCGAGAUUGAUAUGGUUGAUCAAGGCUCCACUACGCAAUCAUUUUGGAAACUCAUCAACCUCACUUAUCUUGACCUCUCAAAGAAUAAAUUUAGAGGUGUGUGGGAGUUAGAUACUUUGUUAUCAAGGCUCGGGACCCUUGAAUAUCUCUUUCUCUCAUAUAGUGGUUUAUCUGUUGUGACCAAUAAUGCUAGUCACUAUGUCAAUCCUAAUUUUCAAGCCUUGGAGUUAGCAUCUUGCAAGAUAAAGGUGUUUCCAGAGUCCUUACGAGCCAUGAGAAAACUUCAAUCUUUAGAUCUAUCGAGAAAUGAAAUCAAUGGCCACAUUAAGGAGCUAGGAGAAAAUGAACUAGUUUACUUGGAUCUCUCACAUAACAUCAUAACAGGGCCAUUCCCUCCAUCAAUUUGGAACAUGGACAAUCUUCAAUAUUUGAAUAUGUACAAUAAUCGCUUUAGUGGAGUGAUUAAACCUAGAGAUAUGAACUUCUCUCCUUCAGUUAUAGAUAUGGGGAACAAUAGUUUUAGUGGCACCAUUCCACAUGUGUGUGGUGGAGAAUUAAGGGGGCUUAUUUUGAAUGGAAAUCAAUUUGAAGGUAAGGUGCCAAGUUGCUUUUCCAAAUGCCCAGAAUUGGAAGUGCUUGAUCUGGGAAACAACCGCUUAACUGGUGCAUUCCCUGACCUGUUAGGACGUCUUCCAAAACUGAAGGUUCUUAUCCUCCGAUCAAACAAGUUUCGUGGUCCAAUAGAAAGAGGCUCUUCUAUGAUCGAACACCCAUUUCCUAGUUUGAGUGUUCUUGACUUAUCUCAAAAUGAGUUUGGAGGCCAUCUCCCUGGAAAAUAUUUUCAAAAUUUUGAUGCUAUGAAGAAUGUGUUGAAGGAUGGCACAAAUACGUAUCUAAAUCUUUACAGSUCUACCAKCUUUUACUCUAUCAUUGUWGUGGUGAAGGGUCAACAACUCUCAUUUGAGAAAAUUUCAAGCGACUACACGAUUGUUGAUCUAUCCGGUAACAAAUUUGAAGGAGAGAUUCCAAACGAAAUAUGUACUCUUAACUCGUUGAUAGUGCUCAACUUAUCCAACAACCACCUCAAUGGUCAGAUUCCACAGACUAUAGAACCUUCUGGUGGGACGUAUUCCUAG